AUGGGAAGAGGCAAGAAACUUGCUUGCCAUAUAUGGAAACGCAAAUCGUCGUCGAUAUUUGAUAUUUCAAACUCUCUCUCUCUCUCUCUCUCUCUCUCUCUCUUCUUCUUCUUCUUCUUCUCCGUCUUUCCCGUACGAGCAACCACAGGAGCUGCAGCCGCCGCCGCCGCCUCUCCGCCGAACGUCGCACAAUCCGGUAAUGGUGGGCGUGAUCAUGGUGGAGAAAGGAGGAGGAGGAGGAGAGAUGAAGCUCUUUUGAUCCCACCCAUCAACUUCUCCAUGGUCGAAGAAGGCGUUUACAGAUCUGGGUUCCCAGAAUCUUCCAAUUUCGGAUUCAUCGAGACCCUCAAUCUGCGAUCAGUCAUAUGCUUGUGCCCGGAACCAUAUCCUCAGGAAAACUGGGAAUUUCUUCAAUCCAAUAAAAUUCAGCUCUUCCAAUUUGGAAUUGAUGGCACCAAGGAAUCCUCUGUGACUAUUCCGAGGGAUGUUAUCACAAAGGCUUUAAAAAUCCUACUUGAUGUCAGAAACCAUCCAGUUCUAAUCCAUUGUAGGCGCGGAAAGCAUCGGACAGGCUGUCUGGUUGGUUGCCUAAGAAAACUGCAAAACUGGCGGUUAUGUUCAGUGGUGGAGGAGUACCAGCAUUUUGCGGGCUCAAAAUGGAGGGCAACAGAUUUGAAGUUCCUGGAGGCCUACGAUGUCUUGUGCCUGAGGCAAUGUCUUCACAGCAUCAUCUACCAGUACCAUGGAUAUGCUUCGAAGAAGCGGCGCUUGCUCUAUGGCGGGCAGGAAACUGUACAGAAGCCCCGGAUAACUUCGAUUUGAGGGGAUUAGUAGUAGUAGUAGGAUAGAACAACAGAGGAGGAGGAUCUUCCUUCCUUUGCAAAGGGGGGAGGGAGUGGGGUUUUUUUUUUUUUUUUUCUCUGUUUGAAUUGAGAUAGAAUCCCAGUACUGGCCUUUUACAGAGCUUCAAUUGCUUUGGCUAUGGAUGCCCUUUUACACACAGCAUCAUUUUUUGCUGUUCUUAACACAGGCCUUUUGUUCUCAUCUCAAGGUCAUGGAUAAACCUUCUUGUGGGUUCUAACUUCUCUGUAACAAUCCGAUCCUUCGUGGGUUCUCUUCCUGCCUUUGUACAAUAUAUGUCACCAACUUUCUCUGUCAAAUGGCUGUCCCUAUCCUAUCCUGAGUUUUACUAAAUUACAGAGUCUGCAUCCACUACUUUUUAUUAAAUGUAUAUAUAUUAAGCAAUUCAUGCUCGUAUAUAAAACAUCAUGGU